CCAAGCAUGGGGCGGGGGCGGGGCUCCAUGGCAGAGCCGAACAGCCUUGUGCGGCGGUGGCGGGCAGGCGCGUUUCUUGGCUGUCGCACCGAGGGGGAGUCCGGGCAACAUGAAUGAGGCUGAGGGCCUGCGGCAGCGGCGGCCUCUCCGGCCGCAGGUGAUCACCGAGGACAACACGGCUCAAGAAACCAAGGGCGGCAGUACAUACAGCAAUAAGAUCUUCCGUAUGACCUUUAUGACACUGGCUGUAUCGCUAAUAAUUCCUUUAUUUGGAGCGAUAGUUCUUCUGGAUUGUCCAAUAGACCCUCAGCCUAUAAGCUUCAAAGAACCGCCUCCCUUAUCUGGUGCAUUAGAGCCAAACUUCAAGCUCCGAAAAGCAGAAAGGCUGUUUGAAAACCAGCUUGUUGGACCAGAGUCCAUUGUAAAUAUUGGUGAUGUUCUGUUCACUGGUACUGCUGAUGGGAAAAUUCUGAAGAUUGAAGAUGGGCAAAUCCAAACUAUUGCUCGACUUGGUCAUGGUCCCUGUGGAACUGGUGGAGAUGAAGUCACAUGUGGUCGACCUCUUGGAAUCCGUGUGGGACCAAAGAACACCCUUUUUGUGGCAGAUGCCUACUAUGGAAUCUUUGAAAUUUUUCCAUCCUCAGGGGAAGUGCAACGACUUGUGUCUUCCAAGGUUCCCAUUGAGGGGAAGAAGUUGUCUUUUGUGAAUGAUCUUACAGUUACUCGAGAUGGAAGGAAAAUUUAUUUUACAGACUCCAGCAGUAAAUGGCACAGAAAAGACUAUUGCUUAUUAAUCAUGGAGGCUACGGAUGAUGGGCGCUUGUUUGAAUAUGACACAGUGACAAAAGAAGUGAAAGUUUUGAUGGGGGGCCUCAGAUUCCCAAAUGGAGUCCAGCUGUCUCCAUCUGAAGACUUUGUAUUGGUGGCUGAAACUACUAUGGCAAGAAUACGGAGAUAUUAUGUAUCUGGCCUAAUGAAAGGUGGAGAAGAUAUGUUUGUUGAAAAUAUGCCUGGCUUUCCAGACAAUAUACGUUUAAGUAGCUCUGGAGGUUAUUGGGUGGCUAUGUCAGCUGUUCGGGCCAAUCCUGGGUUUUCUAUGCUGGAUUUCUUAUCUGAAAAACCAUGGAUUAAAAGAAUAAUAUUUAAGCUGCUGAGCCAAGAAACAGUGAUGAAAUUUGUGCCCAAGUACAGCCUUGUUGUAGAACUAAGUGAAACUGGAUCCUACAGAAGAAGCUUACAUGAUCCCGAUGGAAUGGUGGCCACAUACAUAAGCGAAGCACAUGAACACAAUGGACAUCUUUACUUGGGUUCCUUCCGAUCGCCCUUUAUUUGCAGACUGAACCUUAAGGAUGUCUAACUCUGAGUCAGAAGAAAUAGCACUGAUGCAUCGAAUUGCUGUGGAAGGGGAACAUAUUAAUCACAGAUUUGGCCAUGGAUGAAGAAUGAAAGCACAGUACUAUUUUACAGGGUACUAAGUGAGACCAUGUCUUAUUUUUAAGCAUGCCAUUUUAAAACUGAUGGACACAAUCCACCAUGGUUUUGUAUAUUUCCCAUUCAAGUCAAUGGGUCUAGUGCAGAAAUUUGUGGUAGAUUGUGCCCAUUUUGUGGCAUCUUUACUUAGAUGGUAAAAACAAAAUUACCUCAUGAAAUAUAUUCAUCUAAUAACCUUUAGAAGCUGCUUCCACUAAACUGUUGUCAACUUCCAUACUUCCAAAUGUGCUGGAUAUAAAUCCUUGAAUUCAAACUGCUAGUCUUAGAUAGUCUUGCAUGUAAAUAUUUCCUGUUUGAAUCUAUCUGAACAUGAAUUUCCAAACAUGCAUGUUAUAAUACCUUACAGUGCAUUUAUAGAUAUAUUAAUGAACUUGACAAGUGCAUAUCCAUCUCUUUUUAGCACUACUAUUUGCACGGUAAGUUUAAAGACAUGAGAUAGCUCCUUCAUGAGACUUCUUAAGACUAAAAAUAUCAUCUUAGAAUGAUCAAUAGAUGCAGGUAACUUUGAGGAAAGUCGAGAUUGCCAUUUUAAGAAAUGAGGACAUUCCUGGGCUUUCAACAAUUUUGUCAGUGAUUAACUAACUUGCUUAGACCCAAUAAGACUGAGACAGUGUGGGAAACCAACCUUGAAUUGGUAAGACUGAUGGGCAUACUGUAUCAUACUAUUCUGUAGUAUCUGGCCAGAAGUUGCAUUUGUACAGCAUUAAAUAUGCCUGUGUGAAAUUACUUUUUCAAGCAUAUAAGCAGCAAGUCCUCUCUACAAGUAUACUUUCUUUUAUAGCACUGACACAGCAUUAAGUGCUUCUAUUGUAAUGUGAAGAGUUCAGGGUAUUUCAAGAUGAAAAGACUUCAGAAGGAUUUAAAUAUAUGAGAUUUUUAUGAGUGAGUAAAAAUCUGAGCAGAUUUAUUGAUUUAUAACUGGGUGGUGUUUAAAGGAUUGAAACAAACAGUGGAAAGCUUUGUUACAGUUUGCCAAUUAGAACAAAAUUAAAUGACUAUAUCAC